AUGGGAGCCACGCCCUUCACAGAGAGAAUCUUAAGAGCAAAACUCCCCAGAGGCUUCGACAAACCCACUGACAUGAAGUACGACGGAACUAAAGACCCUCAAGAGCACCUAACGGCUUUUGAGGCCAGAAUGAACUUGGAAGGAGCAUCCGACGCGGUCCGAUGCAGAGCCUUCCCAGUAACCCUUGCCGGACCAGCGAUCAAAUGGUUCAACGCUCUCCCGAACGGAUCCAUAACCAGCUUCCACGACAUCACAAGAAAAUUCAUGGCACAGUUCACAACCCGAAUCACCAAAGCCAAACACCCCAUCAGCUUGUUAGGGGUCACACAGAAGCAAGAAGAAUCCACAAGAAAAUACCUCGACCGCUUUAACGACGAAUGCCUGACGGUCGACGGCCUCACGGACUCCGUUGCCAGCCUCUGCCUAACUAACGGGCUCAUGAAUGAAGACUUCCGCAAACAUCUCACCACUAAACCAGUAUGGACCAUGCACGAAAUCCAGAACGUCGCCAAAGAUUACAUCAACGACGAGGAAGUCAGCCAGGUCGUCGCUGCCAACAAACGGCAGCACGUCACGACCCAACACGGAAACCCGACUCCCCGUCAUAACCCACCACCCAGAGAGAACCAACGAGACCACGUUAAACCGACUCACCGACCACCAAGAGUCGGAAAAUUCUCCAAUUACACCCCCCUAAUAGCACCAAUUACUGAGAUAUACCACCAAAUAGCAGACCGAGGUGUCAUCCCCAAAGCCCGACCACUCAAAGAAAGGACAGGAGGAAACAAAGCCCUCUACUGCGAUUACCACCAAGGAUACGGCCACAAAACACAAGAUUGUUUCGACCUUAAGGACGCUCUCGAGCAGGCCAUACGAGAUGGCAAACUCCCAGAGUUCGUCAAAUUCAUCAGAGAACCAAGGCGCGCCGACAGAGACAAGUCACCAGAAAGAGAAGGACGCAACCCGAGAACACAAAAGCCGCCCCCCAGGGAAAACCCUGAGGAGGAUCCGACCAUCAUAGUGAACGUCAUCACGGGCAAGGACGUAUCGAAUAAAUCAAAGCUAACAAUGAAAAAAGACCUCAAAAUAAUGGCCGUCAGGCACCACGACCCAGUCGCCAUAGCCGACAGCACGAUAACCUUUUUGCCGGAAGACUGCCAACACGGCACCUCGGCCGAAGACGCCCCCUUCGUCAUAUCAGCCCGAAUCGGAACAGGGCUAGUAAGAAGAAUACUGGUGGACACUGGCGCCGACUCUAACAUCCUCUUCCGGGGAGCUUUCGACAAACUCGGGCUCCGCAACGACAACCUCCAAACGCACCGCCACGGCGUCACGGGCCUCGGAGACAACUUCCUCAAACCAGACGGCUCGGUUACCCUUCCCAUCACCAUAGGAACAAGCAAUCAGAGAAAGACAAUCUUAUCCGAAUUUGUAGUCCUGAAAGACUCCACAGCCUACAACGUCAUCCUCGGGAGAAAAACGAUCAACGACUUCUCUGCAGUCAUCUUCACCAAAUACCUCCUCAUGAAGUUCAGGGCCGAGGACGGCACCAUCGGAACCAUUCACGGAGACCGGAAAGUCGCAGCCGAAUGCGACAACAUCAGCUUAGCCCUAAGGAAAAAAUCUCGGGACGCCGCCGGAAUAUUCCUCGCCGACCUAGACGCACGACUAGACGACCAACCUAGACCGGAACCAGAAGGAGACAUGGAAAAACUACAGAUAGGGCCAACCAAAGAAGAAUACACCUUCAUCAACAGAAACCUCCCAUACGACCUCAAAGAAGAACUCUCCCAACUUUUAAAGCAAAACAGAGACCUGUUCGCAUUCACACCAGCCGAUAUGCCGGGAAUAAGCCCCGACCUUAUGUCUCACCAUCUGGCAGUAGACCCCCUAGCAAAACCAGUGGCACAAAGAAGACGGAAAAUGUCACCAGACCGAGCCGCCGAGGUCCAAAAACAGGUGAAAGCCCUACUCGAAGCCAACUUCAUCCGAGAACUCCCUUAUACGACCUGGCUGGCUAACGUCGUACUAGUAAGAAAAUCUAACGGGAAAUGGCGAAUGUGCGUCGACUACACGGAUCUCAACAAAGUAUGCCCAAAGGACGCCUUCCCCCUACCAAACAUCGACGGGCUAGUGGACGCGGCAUCCGGCCACCGAUACCUCAGCUUCAUGGACGCAUAUUCCGGCUACAACCAGAUCCCGAUGCACCGACCAGACGAAGAAAAAACAGCAUUCAUCACCCCGAACGGAACCUACUGCUAUAGAGUAAUGCCCUUCGGCUUAAAAAACGCCAGAGCCACCUACCAGCGACUUGUUAACAAGAUAUUUCGCAACCUAUCCGGAAACAAAAUAGAGGUCUAA